AUGACUUCCUUGAGUUUGGCAUGUACAAGUCGCAGUAGUACACCAAAGCCCAGACCUACAACACCAGCACCCAUAACAAUCUCAACAACGACACAACGGCCGAAUGUAACAUUUCCCAUCUUGAAUUGUCCACCACCAUAUGCUGCCUGGUAUUGUCUGAAUGAAGCCACCUGCUUUAAGGUUGAAAUCCACAAUGAGGUCUUGUACAAUUGUGAAUGUGCAAAUGGGUUUGUGGGACCACGUUGUGAGUACAAGGAAAUCGAUGGCAGCUAUUUACCGACUAGACAACGUGCCAUGUUGGAGACAGCUAGCAUAGCAAGUGGAGCCACCCUGGCAUUGAUAUUUAUGCUAGUAUUGUGUUUUUCACUCUACAUACGCCGUGAGAAGGAACAAAAAAUGAAACUGAACGAAAGUCUAAAUAUGGCUCACGACAAUGCGGCAAUGGAUGAAGUUGAUGGUAUAACAAAAAUUCCGGAAAUGCGACCAUUCGGACCACAUCAUUAUGCAGUUUUACCAAUGUCGUCGGCAUUUAAACGUUAACGUUUCUUUUUU